GGAUAACUUUUUUGCAUAUUGUGAGGGCCGUGCUGCAUCAGGGGCUGAUUGCAUUCCUUCAGCAAAGUUUGCUUCAGUCUGCGUGAAGAAACACUGCAGGGAUGCCUGGAUUUCCAGCCUUCAUUUUACUGCUGUACCUGUCUGUGAAGCUGUGGUGUUCGGGAGGCAGCGCAGCCGACAGCAUACAGCUGAGACGCCAUAAGAGGGACUGGGUUGUCCCAACACGGAUGCUAAAAGAGAACAUAGACUACAGCAAAAGAGGCUUUGUUGCAAAGAUCAGGUCAGACUGGGAUGAGGAACAGACACUGUACUACUUUCUGCUGGGUCCCGGUGCCAGUGAAAAUCCAAUGCACUUGUUUGUUGUGGAUCUGGAGAGUGGACUGGUAUAUGUCAAAGGAAAGCUGGAUCGAGAGGAGAGGGAGACUUAUAUUCUGACAGGCGUGGCUCGAUUUCAUAAUGGCAGUGUGGCUGAAGGCAGAAUCGACCUGAGGUUUGAUGUAGGGGAUGAGAAUGAUAACCCCCCUGUUUUUGUCCCCAUGCCUCCAGCUACAGUCAAUGAGUCGAGUCCAGCAGGGACUCUAGUUGGCAAGAUCACAGCUACCGAUGCAGACAAGGCAAACUGUUCCCAUUCAAAGAUCACCUACAGCCUUGUGAAGCAGGAGCCCUUUAAUGGCACGGACCUCUUCUACAUUGACAGAAACACGGGGAACAUCUACGUCAAAGAGAACACAUUGGACAGAGAGACACAAAGCUCCUACGUAUUAACGGUUACAGGAAGUGAUAUGGAUGGAGCUCCUGGAGGCCAUACAAGCACUGGGACGAUUGACGUCAUAGUAGUGGACAUCAAUGAUAACAAACCGAUGCUGGAAAAAGACGAGUAUGCAGGGAGCAUUGUGGAGAACACGGCUAAAGUGGAAGUCAUGAGGUUCAAAGUCCUUGAUGCUGAUGAGGAGCCAACCGACAACUGGCGGGCCGUUUUUGAUAUCGUCACUGGAAAUGAAGAUGGGACGUUCAGCAUUCAGACUGAUCCAAAAACCAAUGAGGGUGUCCUGAUGCUUGAAAAGCCUGUUGAUUUUGAAGAAAAUCCAGACAUCAAGCUGGGAGUGGUAGUGACCAAUGUUGACCCAUCUAUGGGAGGUGGAGGUGGAGGCGGCGAUGGUGAAGGUCAAGGAGAGGGAGGAGGAGACGGAGGAGGAGACGGAGGAGGAGAGGGAGAUGGUGAUGGUGGAGGUGAUGGAGAUGGUGGUGGUGGAGGAGAGGGAGGUGGUGGAGGAGAUGGAGAUGGUGGUGGUGGAGGAGAGGGAGGUGGUGGAGGACAGGGAGGUGGUGGAGGAGAUGGAGAUGGAGGUGGUGGAGGAGGUGCAAAUGUUGGAGUUGCAGCAGGAGCAGGUGGUGACAUCACAGCUGGUGGUGGAGCUGGAGCAGAUGUUGGUGUGAACACUGGAGCUGGUGGCUCCGCUAAGACGGUGAAAAGGAAAAAGAAAAAGAGGCUGAGAAAGGGCAAAGUCUACCCGGUGAACAUUGCAGUGCUGAAUGAGCCCGAGGGGGUCGCCUUUAAGCCCCUCGUGAAGCCUGUAUCUGUUUCGGAAAACCCAGAGGGAAAUCCAAUAUCGGAGGUGAUCGCUGUCUUCACGGCCACUGACACUGACACUGGAAAGCCUGCAGAAAAUGUUCGAUAUGCUAAAGGCCAUGAUCCUGACAGCUGGCUGCUGAUCGAUCCAGAGACCGCAGAGAUUCGACUUCAGAAGGCCCCAGACAGAGAGUCUCCUUUCUUGGUUAAUGGAACUUACUAUGCCAAAAUACUGGGUCUAACUCAGGACAUGCCUCCAAAGAUCGUCACAGGAACAAUAGCACUGCAGGUGGGAGAUGUAAACGAUAACUGCCCCACACUAACUAACAAUGUGGAGUACAUCUGCUCAGACACUCAAGUAGUUAAUGUCACAGCGAUGGAUGAAGAUGGAGAUCCAAACUCCGAUCCUUUCAGCUUCAGACUCCUGGAGGAAGAGAGCCAGGGAGAGUGGAGGAUUGAACCUCUGAAUGCCACCAGUGCAUCCCUCAGGGUUUUGAGUCCGCUGUGGCCUGGUCACUACCAGGUUGCCUUCAUGAUCCAGGACAAGCAGGGUCUUGCCUGCACAGACCCCCAGUACCUGGACCUACAUGUGUGCUCCUGUGAUAAGGAAGAGACCUGUAGAGGUUUAGAGGCGCGAGCUGCUUUUCUCAGGACCACAUCUUCUACACUGGGAGGGCUUGGAGUGGGAAUGCUGAUCCUGGGACUUCUGACACUGCUAAUUGUAGCUCUCUUGCUGACGACCUGCUCAUGCGGAGUAUCAGGAAGCUUCUCUGAACUUCCUUUCGAUACCAGUGAACACUUGAUUGUGUAUCAUACAGAGGGCCGAGGAGAGGACAAGGACAUCCCUCUGCUCAGCUCACCAGUCCAGACAUCACCCGCUGCCAUAUCUGCUGCACAGGUCAGAAACGUAGCCUCAAGCCCCAAAGCAAACACAUCACCAUCCUUCAUGACUCUCAAAAUGGGCAGUGCCAACAACACGUACAAGUCCAGCGGUGAGGCAAACACCAGGAUCCAGCACAGCAGCUAUGGAGAAUCCGGGAGGAGCUGGAGAGAAUCCAGGGAGAGCCGGAGAGACGUCUACUCAGCGGAAGAACAGCUGACAUGGCAUGACAGUAUUGAUGACAUUGCCCUCUCUGAUGUGUUCCUGCAUGAUUACUACUCACAGAAGGCGAGUUGUGCUGCAGCGGGGCAAGCAGCAUGGGAUUGUCUUCUGGAGCACAAUUAUGAGGGCUUUGGCUCCCCUGCCGGCUCGGUGAGCUGCGGCAGCAGCAUUUUGGAGUGUGACGAUGACCUGCAGUUUCUUGAUGACCUUGGGCCAAAAUUCAAGAAACUGGCUGAGAUCUGUUCCCCUCCUAGACCUCAGACGCCUCCAAAAAGUAUCACCAUCCCUGAGUUGAAGAAGGCCGACGUCAUUGCUGAGACCAAACCAGACCGUAACCAGAAUGUCAGCAUGGCUCAUUCAUCCAGCGGUGCCCUGGGCUGUAAUAGAGCAUCCAGCAGCCACAUGCAUGAGCACAAAUCUACCAGCGUCAAUGAAGCAGCUUCCAGUAUGCAGAGGCAAACUCUACAUCACACCAGCAGCAUGUCACCUCAUGUCAGUCCUGUUAGCACAGCCAUGCUGCCCUCUCCUGGUCAUAUGCUUCUUUUACAAGAGCAGCCUGUCUUCUAUACCACUACCCAUGUGAUGCAACCAAUGCACUACAUAGUCCAACCACAGCUUCAGAGCAGCUCUGUGCUGCUGGCUGAAGCUCCUGUCACCAACCUGCAGGGCAUGAUUCUGCUCAAUGGGAGCCCUGGAAACAUGGAGCACAUCCUUCACGGGAGAAACACUGCCGGGACUUUAACUCUCGGUCGAACAACAGGCAACGCAGUGUUGGAGGGGAUCCGGGGAGUUGGGAUAUGGCAGAGAUCUGAUGGCUCAGGAGAGGUGAGGAGUGUCAGAAAGGGUGGUCGUAGGAUCAGGUCAGAGGGCGGAGCUGGGACGGAGCUUUGUUCCAGUGGGACGCAGAUGAAUGUUGGAGACGCAGGGCCUGAAGAGGAGCAGCUAGUGUUCACACAGAGGAGAGAAAAGAGAAGAACAAGGUCCACAGCAUCGGGAGGGAAAAGUUUCAUGUCGUAGAAUAUGUUCUGAUAUCAUCAGCACUUCCACACAAGAAAUAUUGUAUGCAACCAUCAGAACCCUUUUAUCAAAAAAAGAAAAAAACAUGCAGAGACUGUUGAACUGUCCUGUAAGGAGAUUUAGUACAUCACAUGUUCUUAUAUUUCUUGGCUCCAGCAUUCUUAUUUGAUAACAACAGAAGCAUUAAGUCUCUCACAGCCAUCUUUGAAUUAAAGGCUGCAGAAAUAGCUAAAACACAAAAAUAAAUCAUUUAGCCCUGGGUCCGAGGGGUGGUGGGUUUAUGAACCUGUGUUAUGACCCGUCUAGGAGAAGCCAAGAAACAACAUGAACAGAGACCCAAACCCCUCACUUCCAAAGAAGCCACGGAGAUCAGUUUAAUUCCUUCAAUC